AUGAUGCGAAUCGCCGUUGCUGGCGGAGGCGGCCUGGGAUACCUGCUGGCGUCACAGCUCUCGCAGGCGGCAAACGCCUACAACGUCGUCGUGCUCUCCCGCUUUGUGCGUCUCCCUCCCCCGCCUCCCGGCCUUCCCCCUCCUCUGAGCCUCGAGGCGCCCCUGCAGCCCAACAGUUUUGCCAGGCCCGAGUUCCAGCCUUUCGGCAUCGCUGUCCAGGUAGUCGACUAUGGCGACCUGGCGAGCCUCGCGUUUGCGCUGCAGGGCGUCGACCUGGUCCUGUCGACGGUGACGGGCCGCCCACAGAUGAACCUCAUCCAGGCCGCCGCGCGCAGCCGCGUGCGCACCUUUGUGCCCGCCGAGUUCGAGGGGAGCUUGUCUCGCCGGCCAUCUUCGUCCUCGUCAUCCUCAUCUUCAUCCGACUCCUCCCACUGCGCGCUUCCCACGGAUCGCGCCUCAGCCAACUGCCUCGCCUUGCUGCGCCAGCUGGCCUCCCAGUCGCGGAUGCGCUACACGGUCUUCUCGUGCGGCAUGUUCAUGGAGCGGCUGCAUCCGUGCGGGCUGGGCUAUUUCGAGGCCGGGCGGAACGCCGCCGCCGACCGCCCAGCCGACUUUCUCGUCGACAUCUCGAGCGCGACCGCCGAGUACCCGGAUCGCGAUCCCAAGGGCCGCUCCGUCCGCGUUUGCAUGUCGAGCAUUUACGACGUGGCCCGCUUUGUCGUCGCCGCCGUCGAUCUCGGCCCCGAGCGCUGGCCGCACGAGUUUACCAUGCGCGGCGACCGCAUGACGGUGCGCGAGCUCGUCGACACCUGCAGCAUGGCCCGCAAUGUCGUAUUCAACCACCAGGUGCGCUCCGUGUCUGAGCUUCGCCAACUCGUCGCAUACCACGCCCACAACGGCGACACGGACCGCGCCGCCUACUACCAGCGCCUGGUGGCCACGGCCCUUGGCCGUUACGAUUUUAGCCGCGCCAACCUCAACGAGGCCAUCGACCACAGCGACCACAUUGAGAUGCAGCCUCUGCGCCUGAACCAGUGGCUGGUCACUGUGUGCCAGUCGAUGUGA